AUGUGGCUGUGCCUGGCCGACGGCCGCGCGCGCAGCACCGCCGACCUGAAGCGCCUGGCGACAGCCGCUCGGGUGCGAGCGAAACGAGCAGGAGAUGAAGCCGCCGCGAACACGCGCGAUCGGCAGGCGCGCGACCAGCGCCGCCGGCAGCGUGAGCAGCACGACCGGCGCGCAGCGCCGGCGGUCGCCAAGACCGUGCGCCCACAACGCGGCCAGUGCGGCUGCCCGGCGCACGCGGUGUGCGGCAUGUGCGUCGACCAGGGCAAGCUCGCCGCGGCCGAGCAGGCGGCCAUCGACCUGGAGACGCGCUUCCACGCCUCGACGAACGUCGUCAUGGACCUGGAGCGGCCCGAGGACAAGACGGCGGCGCUGCUGCAGCGCUGCGUGCACGUCUCCGACGAGACGAAGCGGCGGCUGCUGGGCGAGUGGAGCGACGAGCGCAUGGCGCACGCGCUGCCGCUGCACGCAUGCGUUAGAAAAGGAGUUGCACGU